CAUCCCAGGUUCAGACUGUAUGGUGGCGGAAUCAAUCAUUUAUUGAUUACUUGUCACUCUCUUCUCUUCUUAUAUAGGAUAGGAAUAGACUGGAGCUUCCACGAUUUGUGGCUUCCGUAUCGUUCUCCGUAAUAUUUGGGCGUCUUAUUCUCUCUUUCUUGUUUGAUCAAUGAAAAGAAAUGAUAGGAAAAACGCUGUCGUAGCAGAACCAAGAAUACUGACGGAGCUUUAAUAGCAGAGAUGUCGGCGUGGCGGUCGGUGGUGGACUGGCAAUGGGAGAACGCCACCGCCGGCGCUCUCGCCGGUCUCGCCACCGUCACUUUCUCUCAUCCCCUUGACGUCGUCCGUACCAGAUUCCAAGUGCACGACGGGCGAAUCUCCAACCUCCCGAGCUACAAGAAUACUCCUCACGCUCUCUUCACCAUUGCUCGCUCCGAGGGUCUCAGAGGGCUUUAUGCCGGCUUUUACCCUGCUGUUCUUGGGUCAACUUUUUCAUGGGGUUUGUAUUUCUUCUUCUAUAGCAAGGCCAAGCAGAGAUAUCUAGAAAAUAGGCCAGAGCUGAGCCCAGGCCUGCAUCUAGCUUCAGCUGCUGAAGCGGGAGCUCUGGUUUCUUUGUGCACAAAUCCUGUUUGGUUAGUAAAAACAAGACUUCAACUACAGACUCCUCAACAAGUCCGUCCAUACUCUGGCUUUCAUGAUGCUUUAAGGACGAUUCUAAAAGAAGAAGGGUGGAAAGCACUUUAUAAGGGGCUGGUGCCUAGCCUUUUUCUUCAGGUUACACAUGGAGCUAUUCAAUUCACUGCAUAUGAGGAACUUCGUAAAGCUUUCAUUCAACUCAAGUCUGAAGGAGGUGAAGGCUCCACUGAUGACUCAUUGGAUUCAAUUGAUUAUGCGGCAUUAGGGGCUACUUCAAAACUGGCUGCCAUUGUUUCAACGUACCCAUUUCAGGUCAUUCGAUCUCGACUGCAGCAACGGCCGAGUACAGAUGGAAUUCCAAGAUACAUGGACAGCUGGCAUGUAAUGAAACAAACAGCAAGGUAUGAGGGUCUACGAGGGUUUUACAAGGGUAUCACUGCAAAUGUGCUAAAAAAUGUUCCAGCUGCUUCGAUAACAUUUAUUGUGUAUGAGAAUGUUCUAAACAUGCUAAAACUGGCUAAAUGGAAAGAUCAAUAGCUUAGCUCAUUUUUGUAAUCAAGAAAUCUACAUGUCAGUAUCAAAACCUUAGGAAAAGAAAAGUUGUAGUUGAAAAAGAUGAUAGAUGGUGUAGUACCCAAUGUUACAGCAGAGAGGAGUGAGCUAUGAACAGUUGAGGCAAAUAUCUUGUUCAAUUUGUCUGUCGGCUAUAAUUGAUUGAAAAGUGAUACAUCUCUAGUUUGUUACAUUGUCCAACUUCUGAUACUGUCUACCAUGUAUCUUUUACAUGUUCAAUUGUCUUGGGUUCUAGCCACGAUUUGCACGCAUCAAAGAUGACCAAGUUCGGAUUCCUUAUCCAUCAAGAGUCUUGUAUCU